AUGGGUCAUCAGGGUCGGGUCGCUCUUCCCCGCGGCGGCCUGCUGCUCCUCGCCGUCCUGGCCUUGGCCAUCCUGAGCUCGACCUAUCUCUGGACCAGCACCCCGAGACCCAACGAGCUGGUGUCGACAGUCUUUGCGCACAACAACCCAUCCUCCUUCACGCCGGGAUCAUCAUCGUCGUCAGAAGCAGCAGCAGCAGCGGUCGACCACGACCACGACCACGACGCCCUCGCCCCCGAGCACUUCUCCGACCCGGCCGCCGACCCCCCCCUCCCAGAUGCCGACCGGCCGCCGCCGCCGACCGCCGAGAGCGAAAAGGGCGACGGCUCCCUCGGCAAGCACUUCAGCAUCCGGCCCAGCGCGAGAAACCGCGCGGCCCGCGUGCCCGGCUGCCUGUACCCCCUCCUGAUCCACGUCACGCCCGACGCCCACUGCACCGGGGCCCUGGCCGCGUACGCCUCCAUCGUCCGCAACGUCCUGGCCCAGCCCGAGGCCCUGCGCAACCGGACCUGCGUCCACGUCACCUACAUCGACGCCAACCUCACCACCGUCGAGGACAUGUACCGCUGGCGCGCCCGCCCCAACCCCUUUGCCCACCUGCCCGACUGCGCCGCCCUCGACGGCCCCGAGCUCAACAAGGUCGUGCCCCUGAGGUUCCAGGCCCUCGCCGCCAUCGAGAAGCCCGAGUUCAUGGAGACGCGGCCCACCUGGCUGGCCGCCCUGAACAAGGUCCACUCGUGGGGCUUCGACCUGUACCCGCGCGUGCUCAUCGUCGACGCCGACUCCAUCAUCGUCCGGGACCUCGACCGCAUCUUUGCCGACGCCGACCCGCGGGCCACCAUCGUCGGCGCCCCCGACCAGUACGGCAACUGCCACGACCGCUCCCGCCUCAACGGCGGCAUGAUCCUGCUCCGGCCCUCGCGCUACUUCCACAUCUCGGCCGCCGAGCUGCUCUACGACAAGCACGCCUCGUGCUUCAGCGGCCGCUGGGACCAGUCCGAGCAGGAGCUGCUCAACUGCAUCUGCGGCUACCUGUACGACGGCUACCGGCCCCUCCGCCCCGAGUUCCAGUGCAGCAUCAUGCCGCUGUACAACUCGGUCUGGCCCAAGAACUACGGCUGCUCCGGCGCCAGGGUCGUGCCCGUGCGCAGCAUCCACUUCACCCCCGCGCCCAAGCCCUGGGACAUUCACGAGGCCGACUUCGACGCCAGGCCCGACACCCGCCUGUGGAAAUGCAUCAGGGACGCCGCGAGGAGCGACGGCGUCGACCAGCUGCGCUCGUGCAAGACGCUGACCCUGCAAGACACCAUGUCCCUGCCCGAGGUGCCCGAAAGCAAGCAGGGCUAA